GAUAUCACUAGGAAGUUCUUGACAGAGGGAACACCAGUGGAUGAAUCCCAUUGUUCCUUUUGGGAAAAGAUGAAAACUUUCUUUGUGGUUCUUUUGGCUACUGGCUAUUUCUCAUAUAUUUUUGGUAACACUCCAUAUAAGGGCAUUCUCUGCGAUUAUUAUCAAAAGAAGAUCGUACAACAGAAAUCGAUAUGCUCCAUAAGAGUCAGCCCUUUAUGCGCUUCUAAUAACGUUACGUAUCCUAAUUCCUGCGUCUACUGCUUCGCUAACAUAGCUUUGAAAAACACUCUGAAAGUUCAAUAUGGUGGAAAAUGCAGAAAGACUAAAAAAUCUCGGAACAUGACCUGAUUUUCCUUCAUUCGUCAGGAGU